AUGUACUCCACUUUCUCCGCCAACUUCAAUUCCACGAUCGACGCCUCCCGUCACAGAUCAGCCGCGCCUGUUACAGCUCCACGACCAAAGCGCAGCCAGGUCGCUCGGGCCUGCGACUGGUGUCGGCUCAAUCGCGUCAGAUGCGAUGACAAGCAACCAUGUCAGAACUGCCUGAAUCGAGGAGGCUCUUGCAGCAACACAAAGCCACAGGAGGCCACCUCGCUCCCGGCUGCAAACCGAGAGAUGCAACGGUUACGAAAUAAAGUCAAAGACCUUCAGGAUCAGAUCGCGAAACUCAAAGAUGGAGCGCAAAUUCAAGCACAGACGAGUUUCGCGACACCACCUGUGUCGGAUGCUGCCCACACCUCGUUCGAUUUUGCAGAGCUCACCAAUACCACAGAAGGAUGGCAAGGCCUCCAGCAGACAGGGCAGAUUUACUAUGGGCCCCUGUCGUCCUCAUAUUUUGUCUCACGAAUCAGUCGCUAUCUCUCCCAAGCACUCGACCAGCCAAUAGAAGAUUCAAAACUAGAAGCAUGCAUCGCACGCUUUCAUUAUAUUGCCCCAACCCAUCAUCCGUCUCGAUGGGACACAAGCUCGGCUAGCCAGGCGGAUCAGCUUCCAGAUGGAACCGAGGAGGCCGAGGACCUGACCCGGUCACAAGAGGAACACUUUCUCACUCUGCUCUGGCAGUCCUUUCAUUGUGUAUAUCCCAUCCUCGAUGAACGCGAGUUUCAGCAAUAUUAUGACUCAUUAUGGUCAAGUUCAACGGAUGGAAUGUCUUCCCGGAAGUCAUCAGCCUUAGUCGAUGUGCUGUUGGCAGUCUGUAUGCAGUACAGCAGCACAUUCUUCGUCAGCGAUGACAACCAGCAGGGAGAUUCGGACGCUGGAUGGCAGGCCAAGCACGCGAAUCUAGUCAGUCUAACUUACUACCAGAGGGCCCAGAGGCUGCUGCAGAGUGAGCUCGAAAAUCCAACCACCAUGGUCGUGCAGAGCCACAUCUAUUCGAUUGUGUACUUGUACAACACCUCCCUUUUGAAUACGGCGCAUAUUAACCUGGGAGCCACCCUGCGAAUCGCCCACGCGCUGCGGCUGCAUAUCCGCCCGCUGGACGGGGCCUCCCCCGAACACCAGGAGUUGCAGCGCCGAAUUUGGUGGACGCUCUAUCGGAUUGACAGCCAGCUCUCAAUGACCUUGGGUCGGCCGCCACUCAUUCAGAUGUCGCAUGUGAGCUGCGGGCUACCCGGAGAUGAUCGCGAGCAUGCCGAGCUAUCUGGCACAGUUCUUCUCACGAAUCAUGAGGAUAUCAGCUGGCUUAGCUUCCAUGUCCAGUGCACGAAGCUCAUAUUUCUCGUCCAGGGUGUGCAGACAGCAUUGCACCGGAAAUGCUCCCAGUUGCUGAACGGGGAUAAAGUUAAGGAUCUAUAUGAUGACCCGCGCCUCCUAGAGGCUUUGGCCGAGUCUCUCGGACAGGAGAUGACGGCCAUUCAUAACUGGGUUCAAAAUCCCGCUCUGGAUGCAGCGCCAAUGCCUCCUUCUGGAGCUCCAGUACCACCAUCUUGUCAUAUCGACGCUGCGGCCCUUUAUCCGAUUCCCCCUGUGAGCUCCUCAGUGACCCCACUGACUGACGGUUACAAUAUAUCCUGUCUGAAUCAUGCCAUGGCGAUCACCAGUAUCCUAAACCAAGUGCUCUCCGAGACAGAUCUGCUGCGCGGCUGGUCACCCAUCUUCCAGUACCAGUGGGAUGCCAUCCUGUGUACCCUGGGAUUUGUUCUCGCCAACCCAGUCUGCCCACCGGCCCCUUCUGCCCGCAAGUCGCUGCAGACGGCGAUUCGCACGCUGGAUCUAGUGAGUGAUCACUUCGUGGCAGCCAAAAAUGCGACGGAGGUCGUGCGCGAAGUCAGUUGCCAGGCCGAUCGACUCAUCAAAAAGGUCCAACAAGGUCUCACCCGGAGGCGUGUCAGCCAGGCCGUGUCUACCAGGGCCCAGAAUCCUAGGCCGCCGUCAAACCAAACCACACCUCUCACCCCCGGCCAACCUGAGUUCCGGUCCAACCCACUCAAGCGGGAGCUGCCACCGACCACCCCGGAGGUAUCACACCACCAGCGAAUGCCUAACUUUGAAGCACGCAUGCACUUAAUGGAGAUGAUGCCUAUUGGAUCAUUACCAGAACUAUCUCCUUCUUUAGGGUCGGCAGAGACUCUGUCGAUGCCCUCAGUCACGUCUGCUGACAUGGUCAUCGGCACUGAAGCCCAAUGGCUGCAUGCGAGUGCGAUGAUCAUGGAUUCCUGGACCACCAACUCAUGA